AUGGAUACUAGUGCUAUCACAAUAGGGUUAUUUUAAGAUGAUUGUUUUUGAUUCUCAACUUAAUUGAAUUUGUUCAUAAUAAUUUUAAGAUUUUGAAUACAUUGGUUUUUCUAUAUUUAUACCUUAACGUUCUUGUUAAUUAUACUAUAUUAGAUAUUGUGAUGCCUUAUUCAAUUAAGAAUUAUGUUUUAUUUUGAAGAGGGAUUAAGGAAAUCGAUGGAAGAAUAAUAAAUCUUAAAUGAUUAGUUGUACUGAUCAUAUUAAAGAAAUGUGCAAAUAUAUAUUUUAUAGACAACAAUUUUUAAAGAUUUUUCUCUUCUUUUGUAUGUGGAAUGAAACAUAUUGA